GGCUGCUGCUGGCUAGAGCGCAGCGAGGGGGCGUUCUGUCAAAACAGGAAGUGAGGAGGAAAACCAGUUAUAUUUUAAUGUUUUUAAUAUUUAAUACAAUAAGUUAAGAACUUAAGAGAUUGGUCCGUGACCAGAGUAAAAGCAGCCAGGGCUCUGACAGCAUACCCGGGCUCUCCUCUGGACGGUGCAGCGUUGCUGGGAGGUGGGAGUCUGAGCAGAAGGCUUAACGUUAGCACGGGAACGGCUAUCUAGGUGCUGUUAUCACGGGAAGGUAGGGGCUAAGUAGCUGGUGUUAGCACGGGAAGCUAACGGCUAGUAGCUGGUGUUGUGGACCGACCACCACUAACGGAGACCCUCCGAGAGGGGAAGACCACCGCCUCGGGUACGGCCCUUCAGCUCCGAGACGAACCCUUCUUAGCUAGCAUCUGGUUGCUAGUUAGCCUCGGCUGCUAUCGGCGCCGUGGAGCCAGGCAUGGAGGGGGCGAUGGUCUCCACCUGCAGCCGGGAUCAGCGCCUCCAGCUCGGCGGCGGAGCGGACGUCCUCCGCCCCUGACUCCUGACGCCUGACUGCUGCUGCUGCAAUUUUGGGAAUCGUCAUGAUUUAUCGAUGUGAUUAAGUUUGUUUUAUUAUUAUUCGCAAGGCACUGGUAUGAAAUAAUAUAAUCUGGAGAAGAUGGAUUCAAACCCGCUGAUCAAUGCCAUGGACCCCUCCAUCACCCUGUGGCAGUUCCUGCUCCUCCUUCUGGACGACGCCAGCCAGCGCCACCUGAUCACCUGGACGGGGGAGGACGGGGAGUUCAAGCUGCUGGACGCAGAGGAGGUGGCCCGCCUCUGGGGCCUGCGCAAGAACAAAAACAACAUGAACUACGACAAGCUGAGCCGCGCCCUCAGAUACUACUACGACAAGAACAUCAUCAAGAAGGUGAGCGGCCAGAAGUUUGUUUAUAAGUUUGUGGGCCAGCCGGACAACCUGCUGCUGGACGUGCUGAGGGGGGGAGACGAGAAGCGGGACCCCUUGGACCCCAACAGCCAAUCCAAGAGCCCCGGGGAAGGGGCAAACAGCUGUCCAUCAAAGGGCCUGAUGCAGCGCACGUCGCCUAGCAACACCCAGAAGAGCUGUCGUAACGACUACAUGAAGUCAGGGCUGUACUCCACCUUCACCAUCCAAUCCCUGCAAAACGCUCCUCCGGCUCGGCCAAUCAAAGCAGAGCUGCUCCUCUCACAGGAACCCUCUGCUAAGGCAACCAGGACGCUGAGAGAGGUGGGUGUGCUUUCAGAGUCCUCCCAGCCACUAGGGGCAGCCAGUGGAGAAGGUCUUCAGGUGAUGGUGAGCCAGUGCUCUCCAGUCCCCACCCCAGCCCCGGCCCCCAGCCCCCAGCUUGCCGCCAGCAGCACCGCCCGCACCCAGACUGCUGCUCCUCCUCCUCCUCCUCCUCCUCCUCCUCUCUCCGAGCCCCCCCACAUCUACCUGACCAGCGUCACAGACUCCCUCACCCCGCUCCUCCCCCUGGCUUCUCCGCCCAGGACCUCUCCCCUCCCUCCGGCGGUGGACGAGAGGGUCGGCACGCCUCCUCCUCCCCCCACUCCGGUCUUUGUCGUCAUUAAGUCUGCUCCUCCUCAGCACCAGGCUGCCAUGGCGACCGGGCCUUCCACCGCUGCCCCUCCCCUUAUGGUGGCUCCUCCCCCGGUCAUCAAGGAGGAGAUCCUGCCCUCCGAGGAGGAGCUGCUGGGGAUGGUGACCCUGGAGGAGAAGGAGGAGGAGUGCGGAGCAGACGAUGGAGACCCUCCGCUCUCCAUAGUAGAGCCGGCCCAUCCUCCCUGCCCCCGCCGGGAGCCCCCCUCAGAAUCUUCGGCGGGGCUGGCUGCAGUUGUUCGGGCGGGGCUGAUGGAGGCGGGGCUUCCUGCAGGUGUUCGGGCGGGGUUGACGGAGGCGGGGCUUCCUGCAGGUUUUCGGGCGGGGCUGACGGAGGCAGGGCUUCCUGCAGGUUUUCGGGCGGGGCUGACGGAGGCGGGGCUUCCUGCAGGUGCUCGGGCGGGGCUGAUGGAGGCGGUCCCUCCCAGACCCAAGAAGCCGCGGGGCCUGGAGCUCCCCUCCUCCACCUCCCUGCUGCACCCGGGACUCUCCCUGGACAAGGUCAACGCUGCGGUCAACAGCCUGCUGGCUCCAGGCUGCGGCUCCAACACACUGACCCCCUCCGUCAUCACCUCCCACUCUCUGACUCCAGUGCUCUUGACCCCCAGUCCUCUCCCGUCUACGAUUCACUUCUGGAGCACCUUGUCCCCCAUCGCCCCUCGCUCCCCCGCCAAGCUGUCCUUCCAGUUCCCCACCAACGGCUCCAACCAGAUCCACAUCCCCGCCCUCAGCGUGGAUGGCCUGUCCACCCCUGUCGUGCUCUCUCCCGGACCCCAGAAGCCCUGAGCUGCAGCCCCCCUCUCUGGGCAGGGCCUGGCAGGAGAGUCCCAGGCCUUGGUGGAGGCCUGAAAGGAGGCGUUUGAUUGGCUGUCAGUGGUCGUUAGCGGACAGGAAGGAGAAGGUCUCCUUGCCUCGGCCGUCUUUAGCGUCAUGGUGGAGUCCUUGGGCGCUAGGCAGCUAGCCUAGCCCCGGAGCGCUAGCUGGAUGCUAGAGUGUGUUGGCCUGAUUCAUGCUAACCUGGGAGCUAAGGUUCAGAGGAUCCACAACAUGGGAGAGGCCUAGCGGGAUGCUAACACCUAGCUUGAGUCCGGACGACUGGCUACUGUGCCAACUCAAUCAAGCUAACGCUGGAACCAUUUAAUGUUAUUUCUUUUUUGUCUUUGUUUUAGUUGAUUCUUUUUUUUAUGUUAUUUAUUUCAUAUUUCAGCCCAUAAGACCUUGUAAGUUUGAAUCUGAAGAUUGCCUCAGUCUUCACGUUUACAGAAAGCCCUCACCUUACCCUAAAGCCCCCCCCCCCCCAGAGGCCUGUUGAUUGGCUAUCAUGCAAGCCCCACCCUAAUCCCCUGACCAAAGGCCUGUUUAUUGGCUGUCCGUUUAUAUAGCCCCGCCCCAAUGCCCUCACCACAGGCCUGUUUAUUGGCUGUCGUGCCAGCCCCGCCCUAAUCACCUUCUGCUGGAACUGUCAAUCCAUGCUGUUCGUUAAUUGCUGAUCCUAGGAUAUCUGGCCCCCUAUUGGAGCAGCCAGAGAUAUGAACCAGCCAAUCACGGCCGUCCUGGGCUGUGCAGGACAGCAGAGGAGCUCAGCGUUUGUACCAACGUUUCUUACUCUAGACAGCGUUUUAUAAAGAACAUUUAGAGAGGUGCUGCCCCUCGGGAUGGGGGGGGGGGGGGGGGGUGGAUGAUAGAGGAAGCUGCUCGUCAUACCCCGGCACACAGUGCUGCCCCCGGUGGCGGGAGAGGGCAGUGAAGACUUUUAUAGCCAGGUUUCUGGUUGUCGUUGUUGUUGUGGUUUUUAAACACUGACGGAGGCUUAAUCUCCGGUUGCCAUGGUGACCUGACUGUUGUUGUUGUUGUCGUUGCUAUGUUUGUUCGGGGAGGAUGUUUCCUCUAUAAUCCAGUACCCUGAGGCCAAGGUGAGUCCACGACUAGGGGUCAUCCUUCAGCUGUUGCAUAGCAACCACCCGCCUAGGUGCGAGAGCCAAAAUGGCUGCCACUCUUAUCUAACCCCUUCUUCCUCUCCUCUGUCUCCCCCUGGUGGUGGUUUGAAGAGCUGCUCAUGAAUAGAGUCGGGGACCAAAGAGUCCAACUGAUGCUCCUCCUUGAUUUAUUUACACAUCUGGUCUUUAAGGACCAGUAUUGUGUAGUAAUAUCUGAUGGGUCUUUAGUACUCAGAUUGUUUAAUAAUGUCUGAUUGGUCUUCAAGCACUAUAUUUUAGUAAUGUCUGAUUGUUCUUAAACGACUAGGAUCGUUUAGUAAUGUCUGAUUGAUCUUUAUGGACUAGGAUUGUUUAGUAAUGUCUGAUUGGUCUUAAACGACUAGGGUCGUUUAGUAAUGUCUGAUUGGUGUUAAACGACUAGGAUCGUUUAGUAAUGUCUGAUUGAUCUUUAUGGACUAGGAUUGUUCAGUAAUUUCUGAUGGUCUUAGAAGCGUUGGAGCAUUUAGUCAAUGUCUGAUGUUCUUUAAGGACUAUCGUUGGGUAAUGUCUGGUCUUUAAGAACUAUUGUUUGGUAAUGUCUGAUUGGUCUUUGGGGACUAUCGUUUGGUAACGUCUGAUUGGUCUUUAAGGACUAUCGUUUGGUAAUGUCUGAUCGGUCUUUAAGGACUAUUGUUUGGUAAUGUCUGAUAGGUUUUUAAGGACUAUCGUUUAGUAAUGACUGUUCUGUGCUCUGAGCAUGACUAACAUUUACAAUCUAUUUUUGUACAAGCGACUAGACGGUUCUUCAUGUACAUACGACCGUCAAUUCAUACAGAGAUGUUUAUGGGAUCAUUUGAAAAGUAUAAAGCCUUAAUUUUAAAAGGAAAAGUAUGCCAGAUAUAUAUAUUAAAUGUUAAGAUUUCUUCACGAUGUGCAUCUAUUAAGGCAGGUGUGCUGUGAUAGUGACAAGCCAUUGGUUCUUCAAAGUAAAAGCGUGAACCUUGAUGGGUUCGGCUCAUCAAGGUCAUGACUGUCAAGCUAACUGCACCAGCAACAUGAGGGAUGUUCUUUGUUUACAUGAGAAGGUGGGGUUCACGUUGCCUGCGUUCUGGGACUUAUGAAAUGUACAAUGUCUGUAGCUGCACUUUUAUUGGAACACCUGGGGUUGAAACGUCAAAGUGUUGUUGAGAGGGUUAAAGUUCACCCUCGCGUUCCUCUGAGACUGUUCUCUACUGUAAUCUUUCUGGUCUAAACCACAGAGUCUACUCCCACUCCCUGUAACUAUGGAGACCUGGUCUAAACCACCUCCUGCUACCACAGAAACCUAGCCUACACCCAUUCCCUGUUACCACGGAGACCAAAACCACCUCCUGUUAGCACGGAGACCUGGUCUACAACCCCUCCCUGUAACCAUGGAGACCUGGUCUACGCCACCUCCUGUUACCAUGGAGACCACAACCACUCCCUAUAACCAUGGAGACCUGUUGUAAACCAACUCCUUUUACCAUAGAGACCCCCCCUCCUGUUACCAUGGAGACAACAACCACGUCCAGUUACCAUGGAGACGGCAACCCCCUCCUGUUACCAUGGAGACCGGCUCUACGACCCCCUCCUGUUACCAUGGAGACCCCAACCCCCUCUGUGGUGGAAUGCCGGAUGAGAGGCUGAUGUUCUGGGGGACCAGAGAUGAAUCAGUGUAUCCAAUCACAGUACAGACAUUUAACUACCACCUGAUUGGCCAGGAGGGGUGACGUUGUGAUUGGUGUAAAUAGAGAAGCUGUAAUUUUGUGUCUGUACCAAACCAACGAUGGCUGCAAGCUAUUCCUGAUGUCUUGUUUCUGUGGCCUAUCGUUGCUGUCAGAUGUGCAUGACCCCGCCCCUCCCUGGCCCCUAUUGGCUGGCUGGGGGUUUAUUGAUGAUGGGGGCGGGGUUAACUAUAUUUUUCUGAUGUUCCAGAGCUUAAGAUAAAUGAUUUUUUUAUGUCAUAGAGGACAAAUAAAAAUGACUUGGCGCUCUCUGUCUGCCUGCC